AUGACCACAUCAUCGUUAGAGACUGCACCAAAACUCGUGAAGGGAAUGCGAUUUAAAGAUAGUAAAACUGCUUUCUAUGCAGUGCAGGAUUAUGCACUUUAUCAUAAUAAACAAGUAAAAGUAGACCGACGUGGAGGUAAACAUCGUAAAAUGGUAUGCGUUUCAACGGAGCCGUGUCCAUUCUUCGUACGGCUUUAUCUGCAUAAUUCCAAGAUGGAUAAUACAUGGUACGUCUCAAGCGUUGAAUUAAAGCACUCUCCCGAGUGUACAUCAACUGCAAAACCCACACAACGUCAAUUGGUCGAGAGCUCUAGUUUUCAGCAUGCACUGGCAUCUACACCCAAUGGAACUGCUGCUCAAUUGUUGCAACAACUUCAGGGUCGAACAAAUUUACGUACAAUAUAUCGUGCCAAGCAGAUUAUGAAACAAAAACAACGUGCUCAAGUGGGAAAUUCAUUUCGAAAGAUUCCAUCGCUCUUACGGAAUUUCUCCAACUUGAAUCCAGGCUCGUUGACGAAAUAUGAAGUCUCGGGUCCUCAGAGUCCAGAGCCUGGAGUUUUCUUACGAGCUUUUGUAAGCUGCAAUGUGUUUACGGGAUCCACGGCUUUUAAUCAGCAGAUUUACGGAUUUGAGGUCCUACCUUGUAACAACAAUGAAGCAAACUAUCAAGGCGUACAGAUAUUUCUGCUCGGAAAAGAUGGCAACAUGUGCAAUGUCACGAUUGCAGUAGCUUUUUGCAAUGCACCAUCAAGCGAGAACUAUCGAUGGUUUUUUCGGUGUGUAGAAGAGUGUGGCGUAAAUUUACGAUACUGUCCGGUUUUGUGUGCGAUUGAUGCCGAGUUGUUGGCGGUGGAAAGUGAGCUAGGGCUCACUUUGCGUUACUGCACAAGGUACAUUAUCGAGCACGAGUUGGCGCAAAUGAGAUCAUUCAGUAGACAUCAUCAUGCGUUGGUGUGGGGAUUGCAAGGAUCGGAGACUGAGGUGGAGUACAACAACCGUCUCGAGUGGAUCGGUACGACUUGUGGACCUGGAGUGGAAAGCUACCUAAGACAGUUUCCCAUGGAGCGUUGGGUCGUGGCGGGCAAUAUUGGAAAAGUAGCAUUGUAUGGGUGGCGAAGUCGAACAUUUUUUGAGACGUCGGACCAAGAACAGCAAGCAAGUGCUGGCACAGGACACGGACAAAGUGGCACUGGUUUGGGUCUUGAAAGGAGUUGUGGCAUCGAAAGCGAUGAGACCAACGUAACCACAGCGACUGCCACUCAUAGCUUAGACGCUAAUCGAAGUGCUAGUGACUCUGCGGUUUUCAAUGUCAAGGGACAUGAUCGGUACCGGGAAAUGCUACCGUUUACGUUUCUUGAAGCAAUUGUGACAUCUUUCGUGCAAGAUGUAUUUGAGCGCAGCAUGCUAGCAGCAAAAUGGAAGCAACAGAAACGACUGGUGACCCAACGUGCACAAGAUCUCUACGACGCACAGUGCAAGCGCAUUGGUGAGUACAAAGUUAGCCGAGCCUCGGAAACUGUAUCAUUUGUAGCGAAAAUGAACAAAGACUCGGGUCAUCGCCGUCGCGUGGACUUGCAGGCCAGCACUUGCACGUGUGAUUUCAUCGACCAGUAUGCUAUUCCGUGUCGCCACCUUAUUGCCGUGCUCCUAUUUUGUGAGCAGAUGGACUCGGUCGUUGAACGCUUUGCCCCCGGCUACCUUGUGGAAAACUACGUAAUGGCUUUUAGUGGAAAAGUUGUUGAACUACCCAUUGAUUCAGCCGUCAGUGAGGAUCUUGCUUGUAUCCGCUCCACAUCGCGUUGCACGAAAACUACAGUCAAUGAAACCGAUCAAAACCUCAGCACAGCACUUCGUCCGAGGCUCAAACGUUCUGCGCCAGCAAUCAAAACUGUGACUACCACCAUUGAACGUGACAGUCAAGUUGAUACGACAAAACCAAAUACGGUACCACAUCGUGUUCGACUGUGCAAAAAAUGCCGCGGUCCAGGACACAAUUCUCGGAGCUGUUCAUUGGUAACUCCGACUGUGGACUAG